UGAGGAAUCGAGGCAGCAUGUCGACGGCAGUAGUGAGUGGACGUCACGCGUCAAAUGGUCGUGAAAAUUGUCACGAGAAGAGCACUCUCACGCCCGAUAUGUCUCAAAGACACUCGUGUGACCUUCUUCGCGAGAAAUUCACUGACAGCCGGUGGCUCUCUCACCGAAAGAUGAAUUUAGAGACCUCGUGUGAUGUACCAUUACGCCUCAAGAGGAGCUAUCGAUCGAUGCUGGAAGUAAACAGAGCCGCAUACCAUGAUUAUCUAUCCAAAAUAUUGAGUCUAACGAAAGGACCGAGGCAUACAAAGAAGACGAUCGACAACGCCCUGGCAGUUGCUAACUGACUCCCGUGCUGAUUG